CACCGCGUGAUUUAUCUCAUCCGUUUAAAAGGCGUGUGCACCCAGUCGUCUGCUCCUGGAACCCUAAUAACCCUUCUCCCCUCGCGCCUCCUCGUCGUAGCCGCUGCCUCCUCCUCGGCGCCUCGCCGAGUUCGGUUCGCCUGCGGAAUUCACGAUCAUCGGCGCGGCGCCGAGAGAUACGCUCCUGCACGCUCUUUGUGCUAGGGGAUCAGCGAGUUUCGUUUCACUAAGCUCCUUGAAGCUUAAACACAAAAUAAUAUUCGGAGACUUUUAUAUUGUUCGUACUAUCAGCUGCCUGAGCAAGAACUUCGUUAUCCGACGAUGGGGGUGGAACUGCAAGGGUAUGACUUUCCUGUUGGUGUGGUGGAGGACGGCUACCUCAGUGAUUCGGAGGCUUUUGCUUCUGUUAUAAACGUUAUCAAUGGUGUUCGGAUGGCUCCAUCUUUAGUACCUCAGAGCAAUAAGGAGCAGUAUGAUUACCUUGUAACUGUGGUGAACCCAGGCAAGAGAAUUGGUCAAGAUGAUGAAGCUUUGAUGGCGACAGCAUUGAAGGCACUAUCAAGAGCUGUUUUCAGGCUAGAUGCUGUAUACCAUGGUUCCCUACUAAAUAAUAUUUUUAUGUCCUCCAUUUGGGAUUAUGGGUUGGAUGCGAGAAAUGCAUUGCUUGAAUUGAUCACUACAUUGGCCACUGUACCUGACAAAUUUCUUGACAAUUGUUUGUAUACACUUUUGCACAACCUUCGGCCACCCAGUCGGUUAAAGGCACCCUUUAAUCAAUCAAAAAGAUGGCUCAUGAGAAAGGAAGAAGUUCGUCGUGAAGUUUAUUUGGCAUUAAAUUGUAUUAAUACUUUAGUACCUCUUGCUCCAGCACGACUGAAGAUUUUAAUUGAAAAAUGUAUGCCUAGAUUCACUGAAGACAAAUAUGUUUUGAUGACAUAUGUUGAAGGCAUACUUGGACUAGAAAGAAAUGAAAUUGGAAAAUUCCUUGGAAGCACAGUGUUGGCUAGAGUGGUGGAUUUGUUGAUAGACUUGGAUGUAAACAUACCCUGGGAAGACAUUCUUCAGGAAGAACCAAACAAAGGCAUAUUUGCAAUUGAACUUGGAGAGUGUAAUGAAGAUGAUGAAUAUACUACUAUACCUAAUAUGGACACUCUGGGUUUAGUGAAGAACACUUUUGCUGACAAAUUGGAUGGUUUGAUGGUGGUGGCAUGUGAACAUCUUAAAUCAUGUUCAGAGAGUGGCCAUUUAUUAGAGGUGUUUGAAAGACUGUCAGAAAUCUUCCAGAGGGCCAUGUUAAAACUUCAUAAGUCAAAGUUUACUCAGUUCCUGAUGUUUUAUGCCUGUUCAUUGGAUCCUGACACGUGUGGUUUGAAAUUUGCUAUAAUGCUUACAGAUAUUUUUAUUUCGAAGGAUGAGGAUCCGGAUUCCAGAAUGAAGGCUAUUGCAUAUCUUGCAAGUUAUUUGGCCCGGGCUAAGUUUAUUCCUUCUUCCCUUGUUGCAAGCAUACUUAAGAGAUUGGUAGAUUGGUGUUUUGAGUAUUGUCAAUUGCAAGAUAGUUGGGUAAACAAAAUCAGUCCUCAAGCUGACCGAGUAUUUUAUUCUGGAUGUCAGGCUGUGAUGUACAUCCUUUGCUUUCGAUUGCGAUCCAUCUGCGAUGUCCCUCAACUGAAGCAGCUACUUUUCCACCUGCCUGUUGAUUCAAUUUUGCAUCAUCCUGUCUUGGAUCCUCUUAAGGUGUGUUUGCCCUUGAUCGUUCAGGAGUUCCUGAGGCAGGCACAGACUGCCCGGUUGUUUAAGAAACCCAUGGCUCAUUCUUACGACAACUCGUUGGAAUCUGAGUUCUCAAAGGCUUUUGGAGGAAUUCAGCGCUUGGACAUGUUCUUCCCAUUUGAUCCAUAUCUUCUAAAAGAAUCUGAUAGAUUCAUGCGACCCAAUUUCGAGUUCUGGGACAUGGUGAAGACAACCUACAGUGACUACGACAGCAGCGAGGGAGAGGACAGUGAGGGAGAGGACGAACUCAAGGACCUUGGUCCUUCCAAUUUCCCCAAGGAUAACGACGACGAAGAUGAUCUCGACCUAAAAAUCGACAAGAUGUCAAUUACCCCGAACCCCAGCUUCCUUCACCAAAUAGCCACCAACUUCGAUCAGUCUUCACAGAUGCCGGCGAGAAUAAGGCCAUCUCAGAGUCCUCCAUCUCCUCGUCAUGGGUUUUUAUAUACAAAGAAAGAAGAAAGGUUAGACGAUCAAAAGAUUUAGGAAUCAUUUUGACCAAAAUUAAAAGUCUCGUAUCUCAAGCUCAUUGUUGUAAUCUUAGUUUGGUUUUGGUGAUUGCUAAAGAGCUUUUUUGUCUGGGUUCGAGCUUAGGGAGGAGGUCCAUGUAGAGUGGAACUAAUACUGAAUUUUGUCCCUUUUUGGUGAAGUUAGUUUUGACAAUUUUGUCAUUGUAUUUAAGUUUAUGAAUUUUAAAAACACGCUUUUAUGUUA